CUGCCCCUCUUUUAAAGUCCGUCGGCCAAAAGCAGCCCACAUCGAUAAUUUCCUCUCCUACCCCCUCUCCCCCUCGACCUCAAGCCGAAUCUUCUCCUCCCAACCCACUUCUACCCAUAGCACCAGGCAGGUCCUUUCAGCCGUCGUCCUUAGCUACAACAAUGUCUGCUCCCGCCCACAAGUUCAAGGUUGCCGACCUUUCUCUCGCUGCCUUCGGGCGCAAGGAGAUUGAGCUGGCCGAGAAUGAAAUGCCUGGUCUCAUGUCCAUCCGCAAGAAGUAUGCCGCCGACCAGCCGCUCAAAGGUGCUCGCAUCGCGGGCUGUCUGCACAUGACCAUUCAGACCGCCGUCCUCAUUGAGACCCUCGUCGCCCUUGGUGCCGAGGUCACAUGGUCUUCGUGCAACAUUUUUAGCACCCAGGACCACGCCGCGGCUGCCAUCGCCGCGGCUGGCAUCCCCGUCUUCGCCUGGAAGGGCGAGACCGAGGAGGAGUACAAUUGGUGCUUGGAGCAGCAGCUUGUCGCCUUCAAGGACGGCAAGAAGCUCAACCUAAUCCUGGACGACGGCGGCGACCUGACCCACCUGGUGCACACUAAGUACCCCGAGAUGCUCAAGGACUGCUACGGCCUGUCCGAGGAGACCACCACGGGUGUCCACCACCUCUACCGCAUGCUCAAGAAGGGCGAGCUACUAGUUCCUGCCAUCAAUGUCAACGACUCUGUCACCAAGUCCAAGUUUGACAACCUCUAUGGCUGCCGCGAGUCGCUCAUUGACGGCAUCAAGCGUGCUACUGACGUUAUGAUUGCCGGAAAGAUCGCCGUCGUUGCCGGUUUCGGUGACGUCGGCAAGGGCUGUGCCGUCUCUCUCCGCGACAUGGGCGCCCGUGUGCUCAUCACCGAGAUUGACCCCAUCAAUGCCCUCCAAGCCGCCAUGGCUGGCUACGAGGUAACCACGAUGGAGAAAGCCAGCAAGAUCGGUCAAAUCUUUGUCACGACCACUGGCUGCCGCGACAUCUUGGUUGGUAGGCAUUUUGAGGCUAUGCCCAACGACGCCAUUGUCUGCAACAUUGGCCACUUCGACGUGGAGAUCGACGUCGCAUGGCUCAAGGCCAACGCCCAGUCUGUGCAGAACAUCAAGCCCCAGGUGGACCGCUACCUGUUGAAGAACGGCCGCCACAUCAUCCUGCUGGCCGAGGGCCGCCUUGUCAACCUGGGCUGUGCCACUGGCCACAGCUCCUUCGUCAUGUCGUGCAGCUUCACCAACCAGGUACUUGCUCAAAUCUUGCUCUACAAGAACAACGACGAGGAGUUUGCCAAGAAGUACGUCGAGUUCGGCAAGAUCGGCAAGCUGGAGAAGAAGGUUUAUGUCCUGCCCAAGAUCCUGGACGAGGAGGUUGCCCGCCUCCACCUGGCUCACGUCAACGUUGAGCUUACCACCCUGACUGACGUCCAGGCUGAAUACCUCGGCCUGGAUGUCGAGGGUCCCUACAAGAGUGACCACUACCGCUACUAAUUGUGUACACAUGGCUGUGCCGAGCACGCCGCGGGAAACGGAGUUCUUUUCCUUUAUUACGAUAGAUAUUCAACAACUUGGAUCCCGGACACGUCAUGUGGGCAUGUUUUGGGGCUGGUUUCGGAGCAU